AUGCUCUUGCAGGAACUCGAGCAAGCCUCUGCCAACCAGAAGGUUACUUUGUCGGUCGGCGGCAAGUCGAACGGCGAGAGCGAGACGCGCCGUCAAUCGACUGAAGCGGCGUCUCGAGAAGCGCAGUCCCCGACGCGCGACGGUCCUGGAACUUUAGGGUUGGGCGAAAGCAUCAGCGGAAGCGGGCGGAAGAGAGAGCAGGCGGAGCGGAGUCCGCUUGACGGCUUGCAGUUGGGGGCCGGGGGAGGAGGUUGCGGCGGUCAGGGAUUUUCGUUUUCCCCUGUCGGCAAUCCCGAGGGUCAUCAGAAGCGGCAGGAGACGAAUCCUGGGGGAUGCGCAGAUGGAGUGACUACGCACAAUGUGACUAAAGGCGUGGGCAGUCGAGGAGACGGUCAGUACGUCGGGAGGAGUUCACUCGGAGGGGAGGAUGCUAGGGGUGUGAUUGAAACGAGACUGCUAGGAUUCGUGCGGGAGGAGAAAGAGAAGGAACCGUCGAAGGGCGAUGAGCGCGAGAGUGAGCGGGAGGGAGGCGAGGCGGCACGGGACGGGGUUAGGAGGGGAAGAGAGGGAGGAUGGGAGGGGUGGGAGAAGCUCGUGGGGUCAGGAAAUAAGAUUUCCGCGCACGAUCAGCAACAGCAGCCGCAUCGGGAUUUUGAGACGUCUCCGAACGACAAGGAGCAGCAGCAGCAGCAGCCGCCACCAUCGCAGAACGUAUUUGGCGGCGACGCGCAUCGGCCUGUGGAGUAUCGAGUCACGGCGUGCGAGGAGGGGCGCCGCCCGCCCGCGUGGAAGCCGGCGGGUUCCGCGGGGCACUUAAAGCCCGACGACGACCUCACUCUUAAAGCGUUCCUCAAGGGCGGCAAAAGGCGCCACGGGGGGAGUGCGGUGCGCGGCGCGCAGACGUGGCAGGCGGACAAGAUUGCGGACGCGUGGCGGGUGGCGGAGGGGCUUGCGGAGAUGGAGCGCGUGCGGCGGGAGCAGGCGGGUCGGGGCGCGCAUCCCCCUUCCGGUUCUGCAAAUGCCCCGCGCGUUAUCACUACUGCGACGGCUGUAACCGCCACACCGGCAGCGGCUGGUGCCAUUCAGCGUUUUCCAUCUGCGGACGGCCACGCCGCCGACUUCUCCCCUUACGCCAGUGGAGGCGCCGCCGUGAAGGCCAAUGGCGCGCCAGGGGGUGGGAUCGCCCGGAGCGACAGCGCGCGGAAGGGCAAAGCGGCGGUUGCGGACGAGCCUUGCGGGUUUGACCGGUGCGCCAGCAGCGAUUGCACGGGCGGAUCGUCGCAGGGGGAGAGCUCAAGGUCGCGCGGAGGGGGAAGGGCGCGCAGAGAGGGUAAGAGGCGCAAGGGUUCGCGCUUGUCGGGCGGAGGGGAGCGGAAGGGGAAGGUGAAGGCUGCUGGUGCUGCUGCAGGUGAUGCUGCUAUUGGUGUUGACGUUACUGCUCCGACCGAUUUGAGCAUUGGGGGGAAGGCGUCCGCGCCAGGCGCUAAAAGCGGAGGGGGGAGGGAGAAGCGCGGAGUAGAUGCGCGCGCUGACGUGGCAGGAAAGGUCGCGGCGCAGCAGAGCGAGAAGGCGAAGCAGAUGGAGCGGAACCUCAAGGUAGCUUCCGCGCAGCUUCUCACCCUGCAGAAAUGGGACGAGGGAUCAAGAGACCUAGCAGUGCGAUGGGCUGUAUGGCUCUUGAGGCUCAUCCGCAAAUCCGCCCCCACGCCCCCCCCGCCCUCUAUCCGCCUCCUCCUCUUCUCUUCCAUCCUCAUGACUCUCCCUCGGAUAGCCGACUCUCUCCUCCCCCUCACCUCCCUCCCGGGCCUCGCCUUCUCUCCAGUGUCAGCCUCGGCAGCAGGCUCGGUGAAAGGCUCGGCAGGAGGUUCGGUGGCCGAGGCGGUGAGGCAGAUGCUGCGGAGCGUGUGUGCGCUGGUGGGGGCGGUGGAGAGGAGUCAGGUGUGCUUCUCCCCCCUGCACUGGGAGAUUCUACAGGAGCCGUUGGAUCGGUGCAGAUCGCUCCAUGCCUCUCAUCACGGUUUGGACCUCGCUCUUUCCGCACCUGCAGAAGCAGCAGCUGUUCCUGUUCCUGCUCCUGCUACUACGCCCGCAGCUGCAACUGCCAACCCGCUCGCACACCAACCAGCGCCACCCCUGAACGCGCACUCGCAACGUGCAUUUGGGUCGGCGCAGAGGAGGCGGCAGAGGGCGGUGGAGCAGCAGGCCAAGGAGCUCUGCAGCGGGCUCUUCUCCCCGUACGGGCGGCAGGCCGUGUCUGGUAGCGGCGCUAGUAGCAAGCGAUCAGACGGUCCUCCUCCUCCCCUUCCUCCCCCUCAUGUUACUGCCGCUGCCGCCGCCGCUGCUGCUGAUGCUGCCGCUUCUCCCUCUCCUAGUGCAUCUGCCUCAGCAGCAGCGAGCAGUGGUCGCAUGGCCAAAGACACAGCAGCACCCAAGGAAGCAUCAGGAUCAGGGCAUAAGGGCAAAGCAGCACGUGCAGGCACGUCGGUGUGGCUGGGAACCCCUCUGGCUGCUGGCAUGGGGGCGAAGAUCGCCGUGGGCGGCAGGGGCAGCGCCAGUGCUGUUUACCGCGAGCUGUCCUCCCGCUGUGGGUCCUCUGGGGGAUGGAAGAGCGGAGGGGAGGGGGGUGUGGGGGAGGAGGGGAUGGAGGAAGGUGAGAGUGUGAGGGAGGGGUCGGUGGGUGGUGGAGUGGGGAAGAGAGUGAGGGAGGGCGAAGCAGGGGGGUAUGCGGAGUGGAGUGCAAGGAAUGUGGCUCAGACCGAGGCGAGCUCUGUGCCUUACUUCUGGUCCGGGUGUGGGCCAACUCGCCCCUCUGUGUCUGCCUGUGCGGGUCCCAGCCCUCAGCAGUACCACCUGUACCAGUUGCACCCGCACCAGCAGCACAGGCGAGGGAGACGGGGGGUGCCGAUGCAGGAGGGAUGGCAGCAGCAGUGGCAGCAGCAGCACGGGUCACUUGGACUGCAGUGGCAGCAGCAGCAGGGAUGGCAGAAGCACCAGCAGCAAGGGUCAGUGGGGCGGCAGCAGUGGCGAAGCAUGUCUGCUGCUCCGCUGGGGCGGAUAGACGAGGAGAGGCAGGAGGAGGAAGAGGAGGAGCAGCAACUGCAGAGGCAAGAGCAGCAGCAGACGCAGCAGCGGCCGGAACAGCGGGAACAAGAGCAGGAGCAGGCACAGGAGAAUGCGCAGCAAGAAGGGGAAGUGGAAGACCAGAGACCGCAGCAGCGUGCGGGGAAGGAACGAGUGGGAUCAAUGGCAGAUGCUCCUGUCGCAGGCGCUGCUGCUUUAGGUGUUGUGACAGGAGCCGCAACAGGGACAGAGACAAUGGGAGCAGUGGGUACAGAUACCGCGGGGAGUGCAUACACACGCACGUUCACUCACACGGGAUGCACGUCAGGCAGCACAUGGAUGCAGGAGGGCGGGGAGGGCCCGCACAUGGUGUCGCGACCACGGUCCAGGAGGAAGAAGAUGGCCAAGCGCGAGUGA